GGCGUGCAGGCGGAACCGGUCGGGAAUGACAUCUUCCACUGGCAGGCGGUGCUGCACGGGGUGCCUGAGACGCCCUGGGAAGGCGGGAUAUUCCGGCUCGAGCUGCGGUUCGACGAAGACUACAAUGAGCGCCCGCCAGAAGUGCAGUUCCUCACCGUGCCGUUUCAUCCCAAUGUCGACAUGCACACAGGAACACCCUGCAUCCCCCUCCUCCAGGACCCCAUGGAAUGGGACCCGGAUAUGUCCCUGUGCGAUCUCCUGUCUUCCCUCCGGACCCUCCUCGCAUCCCCGUCCCUCAGCCACCCGGCCAACCUCGCCGCCGCGGAGAUCUACACGGCUUCCCCGCGGCUGUACGGGCAGCUGGUGCGCGAUUGCGUCGUGGCCAGUCGGCGGGUGGACUGUACGUGUGCACAUCCCGCUCCCCAAUCUGAUUCAAAAAAACACAGGCAUUGA